AUGUCUGUACACUUUCUUCAUUCAACAGGAGAUCCAGGUGAGGUGGGCGCAGAAGGCGAGGAGGGAAGAAUGGGGAAAACCGGCCCACCUGGCCUCCAAGGUCUAAACGGUGAGUAUGGAGAGAAAGGAGACGUGGGCCGAAUGGGAAAAUUUGGCCCUAUUGGGGACAGAGGUGACAAAGGACAACAUGGAAUGCCCGGUCCUCCAGGAAUGAAAGGAAAACCUGGAACUACAUGUGACUGUGGGAGGUACCGAAAGGUUGUCGGACAAAUGGACAUCAAUAUAAGCAAGCUAAAAAAUGCUAUCAAGUUUUUGAAGAAUGUGAUUCUAGGUAUCAGGGAGACAGAGGACAAGUUUUACCUGCUGGUGAAGGAGCCGAGGAAAUACGGAGAGGCCAAUCUGAACUGCAAGUUACGUGGAGGAUCUCUUGCCAUGCCCAGAUCCACAGAAUCCAACACUUUACUGGCCAACUAUAUCAGUGAAGCUGAUCUUACACUUGUCUUUAUAGGGCUACAGGUAGGGGAGUCGGAGGUGGGGUACAUGUAUGUUAAUGGUGAGCCCCUCCUUAACACCACAGCGUGGGGUCUGCAGGAGCCAAACAAAGGUAACUGUGUACAGAUGAGUAACACCGGAUACUGGAGCCAGGUGGAUUGUGGAGCCGCACAAUACUACAUAUGUGAAUUUGACAAAAACAGAAAAACUCCAGAAAAUGUCAUGUGA